AUGCCGGAUCCUCAGCCUGCCUCGUCUCCGUCAAACGCGCCCGUGCAUUCCUCCUCCGACAAACCCGGGCCAAACAAAGGUAGUUCUACCGGCGACAGCCGUGAUUCGGGCCCUGAUCCCGUCCUGACCCCUUCUACGGCCUCCUUCACUCCGUCUCCACAGCCAGACAGCCAUUUAAACACGCCUAACAUGCCAGACGAAAAAUCUGGCUCGUCCGGAAACAAUGCCGACGGCCUAGAAAAGAAGCAGGAAGCUGGCACCGAAACAAUGACCCCCAAGACAGACGCGACUCCCGCCUCCUUGUCUACAACGGACAACGCCCCAAAGAAAUCUAUCUGUAAAAAACACGCUGCCGUCCACGGCUCGAAGUCAGAGAAGUCGAAGAAAAAGAAGAAAGCUGUAGAAUCGUCCACCUCCGACAGUGACAGUGACGACGAUUCAUCCGAAAGUUCUAGCUCAUCCUCAUCCUCCGAUAGUUCGGAUUCGGACUCGGAAGACUCUUCGGAUUAUGACUCUCACAAAAAGUGUAAAAAGAAGAAGAAGAAGAGGGCCAAGGAACGAGCCAAAAAGCUGAAGCAGAAGAAAAAGGCGAGAAAGGACGAAACCUCCACUUCCGAAGAUGACAGCGAUAGCGAUGAAGAUGUCUCUUCCGAAGAUGAGAAGGCCAAAAAAGCAAAGUUGAGAGCGAAGAGGAAGGCUAGGAAGGCCAAGAGGCUGCAAGAGGCAGAGACGGAAGAUGAUGGCGAUGUGGAUGCGGCAGAGACACAAAUUCGCGGCACCCAACGUGCAAGAGGAGGUCUCCGUGGCGCUCGUGGACGCAAACUCAAACAGGCGGGCUACAUUGACAACAAGCUUCUGGCCGAGCAGACAGCGCAGCAGGCAGCUUUGUUGCAGCAGCAACAGCGGGCUCUGCAAAAGGCCGCUAGAGCCAAGAAGCAGAAGCGAGCUUCCAAAGUAGCAUUUAAGCGAAUUGAUCAAUUAUGGGACAACACCCUUCAUAAUUACAAAUUGACUGAGACUGUGAAGGAUCCUGAUGCCAAUGAAUGGGACCAAUACAUCUUCACUGUUCGUCGUCGAUUUGACUGGGAUAACAAGUAUCUCGAAACGCUUGUCGAUAUCAAGAGCAAAGCCCUCAAAGAUGCCCUUACCCACGUCAUGGACGGCGUCAAGAGCGUCAGUCUCGUUCAAGACACUCCUGCCGUAGACCCUAACAUGCUAUUUCUCUACCUGGAAGAGUGUCGUGCAUACGUGAAGGAGCUCAAGGGACUCGCCAAGACCGCCGAAAAGAAGAAAGUGAGGAAGCAGGUAGAGCUGAAAGCAUCACACCUGAAAGUGCUAGUCAAAUACCUUGACAAGGACUACGCUGAGACCAAGAAAACGUUGUAUCCCUUGCUGGAAAACAACACCAUCACUUUUGACCUCUUGUGGGCAUUGUUCAAACCAAAUACCAUCGUCUAUACCCCCACCUACGGCGCUGCUGACGAGCCUCGUGCGUUUAAACUUGAAUAUGCUACCAAGGAGAGCUCGUUCAUGAAGGGCCAGUGGUACUCAAUCGAAGGCCGCUACCUGGAAUAUGAUGGUAAAUCUUUUGGCAUGGGCACUAUGACGAGCGAAGUUGAUUUCUUCAAGGGGCCUCGGAAGAUCACCAGCCUUGCAUGCUACCCAAUUCAAUAUCAUCGCGAUUCAGAGGCUUUGAAGACCAAACUUGUCGAUCGAGGAAAGAAGUUUGUGGCUCUCCAAGGGAUGAAUUACCGUUUCCACCAAGGAAUGGCAUUCUUCAAAAAGCGCCGCUCCAUCAUCAAAGUCAAUAUCAAUGGCCGUGUCAUGGUAGAUCCCGCGCUGCACCGCCGAAUCAAUCCAAAUUAUCCUAUCAGUACGGUAAAGCCGAAGGAUUCGGAUAUUCUCGACGGUUCUGGCGAUGAUACGGAUGGCGAGGGUUGUUGCUGCGGGUCUUCAUCAGAAACUGAGCGAGCCGGUCGAGAUGAUAUCGCUCCAAAGACCAAGCUCAAGGUUAUUCAUGACAAGGAGGGUAAGCCUCAUCUCGUCGAAGUCGAGAUUGAUGAAAAUGGAAACGAAAUCGUGAAGGAGGACAUUGACAAAAUCAAGGAUGGUGCAGCUGGGAACAAUGAUAUCGACUUCACAGAGGAGGAGCUCUUGAUCGCCAGCCCAGUCGUUCUAGGAUUUGCUUUUAGCGAAAAACUUUGGCUGGAAUUUACCGUGUCUGGCAUCAGGGAAAUUGAAUGGAACUCUGGUGCUUUCGACUCCCUAGUCCUUCCUGGCAAUCAAAAGUCUAUUGUCAAGGCUUUGGUGGAGUCUCACACUUUCCACGCGGCAGAGAAUAUUGAUGAUGUUAUCCAAGGAAAAGGCAAAGGGCUUGUCGCCGUCUUGCACGGUCCCCCCGGAACUGGAAAGACUUUAACUGCAGAAGGCAUCGCCGAAUUACUCAAGCGUCCUCUGUAUAUGGUCAGUGCCGGAGAGCUCGGUACCGAUUCGCGUACACUCGAAGGAGAAUUGAACAAGAUCCUUGACAUUGCCCAUUCCUGGGGUGCCGUUCUUCUUCUGGACGAGGCAGACGUGUUCUUGGAGAAGCGGACAAUUCAAGAUAUUCACCGGAAUGCCUUGGUUAGCAUCUUCCUGCGAUUACUCGAAUACUUCCAGGGCAUUCUUUUCCUCACAACUAACCGCGUUGAAACAUUUGAUGAUGCAUUCCAAUCGCGCAUUCACGUUGCUUUGCGUUAUGGCGACUUGACGACCAAAGCCAAACGCACCGUUUGGAAAAUGUUCCUUGACAAGGUUCGCACGAAGGAGGGUCUUGAGGUGGUUAAGUUCACCGAUAAAGACUACGAUACCCUAGCCAGGCAUAAUCUCAAUGGUCGACAGAUCAAGAAUUCCGUUCGAACUGCGCAAGCACUUGCCCUUAACGAAAAGGCUGCAUUGUCCAUGGAACAUAUUAAUCGCGUUCUCGAUGUUGCUGAGACCUUUGAACACGACCUCAAGGGCGGAACGGGAUACAUGGACGCCAUGCGAAGCUAUACUUAA